UACCCUGCGCUGGGUCGCCCGCCCUGCGGGGGUCCUGGCUCCCUCGUCCUUCCUCCCGCAAGCCCUGGGUGUCCGGUCCCCGAGGCCAUGGGGCGGCAGUGGGGGCCCUCCGUGAGGGCGGCCGCGCAGGCGGGCUGCGUGGUGAGCGCCUCCCGGGCCGAGCAGCCCGAGGCGGGCUUCUGGAGCUGCAGCGGGGUCAUCCUGACCCGCAGCCCGGUGCUGGUGCUGUGCCACGGGGGGAUCUUUACCCCUUUCCUGCGCGGGGGGAGCGGGGCCCUCACCUCGGCCGACGCCACCUUCCUGCCUGCCGACAGUUGCGGCGACGACCUGCGCCUGCACGUGCAGUGGGGGCCAACGGCCGCGAGUUCUGCGGGCCGCGCGGAGCAGGGCCGCCCUGGGCUGUGCACGUCCCGCUGCGCCAGUCUCGAGCCCGGCCCGGCCGCGCAGCCCGGCGGGCGACUCCUGGAGCCCCCGCGCGCGGCCGAGCUGCUGCUGCUGCUGAGCUGCCCGGCCUUCCGGUCCCAGCUCGCCCGCCUCUUUGGGAGCAAGAGGGCCGAGCAGUGGCGCUUCGCCAGCGCGGCUCCGGUCGAGGAGGUGUCGGGGGACGAGGAGGAGGACCAGCUGCGGGGGCUGGGCUGGUUCGCGCUGCUGCGCGUGCAGCCCGGCGGGGAGGCCAAGGGGGAGGCGGCGCGCGGGCUGGCCGUGACCGUGGCGCCCCUCGGGGCCGUGGCCAAGGGCGCGCCGCUGCUGGCCUGCGGCUCCCCGUUCGGGGCCUUCUGCCCGGACAUCUUCCUCAACACGCUGAGCCGCGGCGUGCUCAGCAACGCGGCCGGCCCGCUGCUGCUCACCGACGCGCGCUGCCUGCCCGGCACCGAGGGCGGCGGUGUAUUCUCGGCGCGGUCCGUGGGGGCGCUGGUGGCGCUGGUGGCCGUGCCGCUGUGCUGGAAGGCGAGCGAGUGGGUGGGCCUCACGCUGUUGUGCGCCGUACCCCCUCUGCUCCGCGCUGCCCGCGCCGCGCUCACCCACCUGCCGGAUGGCGCCGCCCUGGCCGCCCUGCUGCCGCCCGAGGUGGGCGCCCCGCGGGGCCUGCCGCUGCGAGACCCCAGACCUCCUUGGGUAGCUUCGGCUGUGCUGGUGGAGUUUGGCAGCGUGUGGGGUUCUGGAGUAGCCAUGGCGCCCCGCCUCGUGGUGACCUGCCGGCAUGUGGCCCCUCGGGAGGCGGCCAAGGUCCUGGUGCAUUCUGCCACCCCCAAGAGUGUGGCGAUUUGGGGACGUGUGGUGUUUGCCACCCAGGAGACAUCUCCCUACGACAUAGCAGUGUUGAGCCUGGAGGAGGACCUAGACGGUGUCCCCAUGCCUGUGCCUGCUGAGCACUUCCAGGAAGGUACCGCUGUCAGUGUGGUUGGCUUCGGUGUCUUUGGCCAGGCCUGUGGGCCCUCGGUGACCUCGGGCAUCCUGUCGGCUGUGGUGCAGGUGGAUGACACACCGGUGAUGCUGCAGACCACGUGUGCCGUGCACGGUGGCUCCAGUGGGGGACCCCUCUUCUCCAGCCCCUCGGGAGACCUCCUGGGCAUUGUCGCCAGCAACACCCGGGACAAUAACACAGGGGCCACUUACCCACACCUGAACUUCAGCAUCCCCAUCACGGUGCUCCAGCCAGCCCUGCAGCAGUAUCGUCAGACUGGGGACCUGGGUGGCCUCCGAGAGCUGGACCAUGCCACCAAGCCGGUCAGGGUGGUUUGGCGGCUGCAGUGCCCCCUUCCCAUGACCUUGAGGAGCAAGCUCUGAGCCACCCUCUAGGGACAAGAGGGACCAUUGUAUACCGCAGGAAGUGAUGAGGUGGUGGCUGCCCUAGGGUCCAAAGCCUGCUCCUGACCAGUCAUGUCCCAGCAGGGCCACCUCGUUUCCACCUGUUGCCCACAGACUGAGCUCUGGGCCCCAGGACAGACUUCUCUCCAGCCCCGUGGAACCUCAACCUGGCAACCCAAUUUUGGGGCGCUUCCUUGAGCCAGUACUUCUCUCUGCCCCCAGUACUAGACUCAGCCAUGUUAUUUUCCUUCUGGAGAUCCGGGUGGAAUGGCACAAGAGCACAGGUCCUGGUAGGAAGAUGCUGCUCUGUCUCCCUGAUGGCCACUGGCCGUGUCUGCCUCUGUCAUGUGUGCUGGCAGCCCUGGAGUUUGCUCAGGGAACCUCAGCACAGGGCCCUGCUCUGCCACAUGCCGCAGGCAGGCCGGUCCCUGAGCUGGGGUGCCUGGUCUUCACUCUGACACAGUGCCUUCAUUUGCCAGCCCUGGCCUGAGUCUCAGGGAUAGAGUGGGUAGAAUGUGUGGUUGCGGCUUAGAAAUAAACAUGAACUAUCUGUAUAACCA